UAUUUGGAAUAUUGAGGAAUGUGUAUGAAAUUGUUGCCGACUCUGUUUUUAUCACGGCGAAUUAUUACGAAUUUUAAUUGGCGUGGUAAGCACUGUAAUGAAUUGUUGAUUGAUUAAUAAUAUAAACGACAUAGAAAAGACAGACAUAUGUGCAGUGACUGAACUUAAAGUACGUACAAAUAUAAUUGUACAGCACGUACAAAGAGAGGUUAGAUUUGAAGUUUACUUCACGCUGCCAACGAACGAGGCAAACAGGCUUAUAUUAUUGUAUCGUGAUAUAAUCAACGCUAAGAUCAAGCAUUGAAGAGUACGAUGAGUUCUCAGCAAAGUCCAGCUGCUCUACAAACCAGCGUUGACCGUGAGAAAGUCUAUACAUGGAUUAUUGAGCUAUCAAAUCCGGAAACAAGGGAGAACGCUCUGUUGGAGCUGAGCAAGAAGCGCGAAGUGGUACCCGACUUGGCACCGAUGCUAUGGCAUUCAUUUGGUACUACAGCUUCUUUACUGCAGGAAAUCAUUAACAUCUAUCCAGCAAUCAACCCAGCAACCCUUACAGCUUAUCAGAGCAAUCGUGUAUGCAAUGCUCUAGCGCUAUUGCAAUGCGUAGCCAGCCAUCCAGAAACAAGAUCUGCAUUCCUGCAGGCUCAUGUACCAUUAUUCCUAUAUCCAUUUUUGCAUACUGUAAGCAAGACAAGGCCGUUUGAAUAUCUCAGAUUAACAAGUCUUGGAGUAAUUGGUGCACUGGUCAAAACUGAUGAACAGGAAGUGAUCACUUUCUUGCUUACUACAGAGAUUAUUCCACUCUGUUUGCGAAUCAUGGAAAGUGGAUCUGAAUUAAGUAAAACUGUAGCAACUUUUAUACUGCAGAAGAUUCUAUUGGAUGACAGUGGUUUAUCUUACAUCUGUCAAACUUACGACAGAUUUAGUCAUGUUGCUAUGAUCUUAGGAAAAAUGGUUUUGUCUCUAGCAAAAGAUCCUUCUGCGAGAUUACUUAAACACGUUGUAAGGUGUUACUUAAGACUCUCUGACAACCCAAGAGCGUUGUUAGCUUUAAGACAAUGCUUACCGGAUCAAUUAAGAGAUAAUACAUUUGCAAACUGUUUACAAGAGGACGCCUCAACUAAGCAUUGGUUGACUUUACUUAUCAAAAACCUAGAAACUGGUCCACAACAAGGUCCGCCAACUCAGCCAGGUCAACAAGAUCCACGAACAAUUGGUAUGUCACCACUCACUUCUUGAAUUGUCUAUUCUGACGACAAUGCACAAGAGAACCUGAGAGAAUCUGAGACACUUCUUUCUGUAAGUUGUUUUGAAUCUUUUAUGAAACGGUGCAUGGUAAUCAACGGCCACGUAAUUUACAUAUUAUUAUAACGUGCAUUUCCGAAUUGUGCUGUGAAAACUAGUAAUAAGUGUAUAAUAUUGGCAAUACAAGUACAGGAAGUUCAGGAGCACCUAUUUAGGAAGAUUUUCCCAAUUUCAAAUCAAUUCGGAGAAAAUCUUUCUGAGAAAACGCUCCUGAACAUUCUGUAUAUGACUAGUCGGUUGUAUAGAUCCCUGCGAUGAAUCUACCAAUCAUAACCGGUUUGAUUCCAAUAAUUAGUUUUCUCUUGAGGUUUUCUGUGAGCUGAGGCAGUACAUGUAGUAUAGGAACUUUAAUAAGGGAUGUGUGACAUGUAUAUAUUAUAAUAUAUAAGGAUAUAUGAUAAGAUUUAUGGUGUGAUUAUUUUGUCUGAGAGAUAAGUCAAAUUUAUUAAGAUAUAUUAAUUAUCAUAAAUUCGCCGGAUAUUUUGGUAGAUUUUAUGACAUAGAUGCAUUAUCUGAAAAUUUAUACCAUGAAUCAGUAUUCAUUUAUGUGUAUGAAAAUCAUAUUCCGAGGAACGUGUGUAUAGACAUUCAAAUAUCACAAUUAAUAUUGGAUUAAAUUGUUCACUCCGUAUAUUACUGCCGGCUUAAUUAAAUUUAAUUAAAUUUAAUUAAAUAGAUAAUGUACAGUCCAGUGUACGAAAUUGUCGAAAAUUCUCUAUCACUGCCUAGAUUUACAUAAUAAAUUUAUGUAGAUUUAAAUUGUGGACUUGUAAAGAGAUGUAAAAAGAGUUGUAAAGAGUGUAACGAAUUAGUCCCAUCUUAUAUCGUUGUGAUUGAUCGAUGACAGUGCACUAUGACGAUUACACAUGAUUACGAUAUAAUACAACAACGUCAUUUAUAUCGUCAAGCGAUUACGAGUCGUAGAUUGUAAUAUAAUUUUAUAAGAUGUCAGGACUAGUCGAAUCAAAUGUAAUGUACACGAAUGUAAAUUUUACUCGGACGAAAGUGCGCAGCUGAACUAAUUGAAAGAAAAAAAACGAGAGCUAAGAUUUUGAAAAAGUUUGUGUCAUCGUAUCCUUCUUCAUCUCAUUCGUCAUUUUCACGAGUUCAGCUUCAUUCUGUAAAAAAAAAAAAAAAGGAUUACAUUA